CACACGGCCGUUAACUCCUCGUGGGUCUCAAAUUCCGAAGAAGAGAGAAAAAAAAAGUGACGAAAGAAAAAAAGAAAUCCAGAAAAAUAACCUCUUUCAGCUCGGCGUUGAACGGAAACUUCAAACCUCAAACCCUACCGAGUACGGAGGGAGAAGAUUCUUCAUCUGCAACCGCAAUCUGUCAACUCCUCGUGCUGGAGAACUUUAAUCUCCCUUCAAGAUUUGGAUUUGAACUACCCUUCUUGCAUUACGGGGAUAUCCUAGGACCUGCUUCUUCUCUACUGGAAAGAUCUUGUAUAAUACUCGACAGACUUGAUGCUUCACUAUUGAAAUUAUGAAAUUACAGUAGAUUGUUAACGACUAUGUGUCCUACUUGAGGGAUGUUUUGACAAAGACGGCUCUGCUAGUGGAUCUGGUCCAUCUGAAAAUAUUUAUAACAUGUGGACUGAAUUCGUUGAUGUAGCUUGGAAGCAUUUCACAUUUUGGCAGUUUGGUUCAUCUGUCAGUAGCUUCUUCUUAAAUUUUGUUGGAGAAGAGAGAUCUUAUUGUUGAACCAUCAUGUCCACGACAAACCUUAUAGAAAUUAGUUCAUCCGAUAGUGAUUUCUCACUAGAAUAUAUCAGUGACGGUGAAGAUGUUACACCUAGUAUUGGGGAAUCUAGCCACAGCAGAAAGCUUCCUCAUUGGGCAUCCACAGAUUCUAGUAGUCAAGGUAAUUCUGGACAGUUUCAUGCUUCCAGCAGAAGCUCUCUAAAUGUCAAUAACAGCCCGCAUUCUGGUUCUAAUGGUGAUACCAAAUAUCUUACUGAAAAUGGGAAUGCUGGUCUACCUCGAACUGUGAAUUCUCGUAUUGCAACCACAGCUGGUGCAGAUUAUGAAAGAUUAUCUUCUCAACAGGCUUUUAAGAGAACUCUGCCUUAUACUUCUCAGUCAUAUGCCCCCCCUACUAAAUCAAAUAACUUAGUAGACAAUCUGGGCAGCAUUCAAAUUCGUGAUGAAGCUGUUGGUUCUGAGAACAGGGAUUUUAGGGUCCUACCUGUGAGUUUGGCACCAGGGAAAUCUAUACCAUCUUCACAGUAUCCGAGUGAACACCCCUAUCGUCCUGGUUAUGGUGAAGAACUGGCACCUGGAAGUGAUGAGAGGCUGAUUUAUCAAGCAGCCCUGGAGGAUUUAAAUCAACCAAAACUUGAAGCUAAUUUACCCGAUGGUCUCUUGUCUGUUCCUCUUUUAAGACAUCAGAAAAUUGCAUUAGCAUGGAUGCUACAGAAGGAAACUAGAAGUUUGCAUUGUUUGGGAGGAAUUUUAGCAGAUGACCAGGGCCUUGGAAAGACAGUUUCUAUGAUUUCACUUAUACAAAUGCAGAGGUCUUUGCAAUCAAAGGCAAAAUUAGAAGAUGGAAGUGAAAAAAAAGCUGAAGCUUUGAAUUUGGAUGAUGAUGAUGAUAAUGGCACUGCUGAUUCAGAUAAAAUGCAGCAAACUGGAGUGUCCGAUGAUGUUAAGCCAAUUCUAGAAGUGAAAGCAACUAGACAAAUCAGUAAGCGGAGGCCAGCAGCCGGUACACUGGUUGUGUGCCCUGCAAGCAUUCUUCGGCAGUGGGCCAGAGAACUAGACGAGAAGGUCACUGAAGAAGCUAAACUCUUAGUUUUAAUUUAUCAUGGGGGAAGUAGGACAAGGGAUCCGGAUGAGCUUGCAAAGUAUGAUGUGGUUCUCACAACUUAUUCAAUUGUCACCAAUGAAGUUCCAAAACAACCUCUAGUCGAUGAAGAUGAUGCUGAGGAAAAGAAUGGGGAGAGGUAUGGAUUAUCUUCUGAUUUUUCAAUCAACAGAAAGAGAAAAAAGACUUCUAUGGGUAGUAAGAAGAGUAGGAAGGGCAGGAAAGGAACUGGUAUUUCCAUUGAGUGUGAUUCUGGCCCACUGGCAAGAGUGGGUUGGUUCAGGGUUAUUCUGGAUGAAGCUCAGACAAUAAAGAAUCACAGAACUCAAGUAGCUAGAGCCUGCUGUAGCCUUCGAGCCAAAAGAAGGUGGUGCUUAUCUGGAACACCUAUACAAAAUGCAAUUGAUGAUUUAUAUAGUUAUUUCAGAUUUCUGAGGUACGAUCCGUAUGCUGUCUAUAAGUCUUUCUACAACACAAUCAAAGUUCCAAUUUCCAGAAAUUCAGUUCAUGGGUAUAAGAAGCUUCAGGCUGUUCUAAGGGCUAUAAUGUUGCGACGGACAAAAGGCACAUUAAUCGAUGGGGAACCAAUCGUCAAAUUGCCCCCCAAAACCAUACGGUUGACAAAAGUGGACUUUUCAACUGAGGAGCGUGAUUUUUAUACUCAGUUAGAAGCUGAUUCUCGCAAGCAAUUCAAGGCAUAUGCUGCAGCAGGCACUGUAAAGCAAAACUAUGCAAAUAUUCUGCUGAUGCUUCUACGCCUCCGUCAGGCUUGUGACCACCCACUUCUUGUAAAAGGAUGUAAUACUGAUUCUGUGGGGAAGGAUUCUACAGAAAUGGCUAGUAAACUUCCGAAGGAGAUGCUGAUGAAUCUGUUAAAUCGUUUGGAGACUUCUUUGGCCAUAUGCCGUGUAUGCGAUGAUCCACCUGAGAAUCCCGUUGUUACCAUGUGUGGCCAUGUUUUCUGCUAUCAAUGUGUGUCUGAAUACUUGACUGGUGAUGACAAUAUGUGCCCCGCACUUGGAUGUAAGGAACAAGUUGCUGCUGAUGUUGUUUUUUCGAAGACUACCCUUCGAAAAAGUAUCUCUGAUGAUCUUGAUGGUGGUUCCACAAGUUCAGGGUUUUCUGAGAAAUCCCUAGUUCAUAGUGAGUACAGUUCGUCCAAAAUUAGGGCUGUUCUUGAGAUUCUGCAGACCAACAGUAAAGCAUCAACUUCAACUCCCGUAAAUGGAGGUUCCUUUGGAUGCAACGGAGGUUCUAUACAUCCAGAAGAUGAAUGCAUUGAGAUCUGUGAUUCAGAUGUUGACACUACGAAGCACACAUCUCCAUUUCCAAAUCCAACUGAAGGACCUGUGAAAACGAUUGUUUUUUCCCAGUGGACUGGCAUGUUGGAUUUAGUAGAAACGUCACUGAACCUGUCUUGCAUCCAAUAUAGGAGGCUUGAUGGCACAAUGUCUCUGGUUUCAAGAGACCGUGCUGUGAAAGAUUUCAACACUGACCCUGAGAUCACUGUUAUGUUGAUGUCAUUGAAGGCGGGAAAUCUAGGUUUAAACAUGGUUGCAGCAUGUCAUGUUAUCCUAUUAGAUCUUUGGUGGAAUCCGACUACUGAGGACCAGGCUGUAGAUCGAGCACAUAGAAUUGGACAGACUCGUCCUGUGACAGUGUCAAGGAUUACGAUAAAAGAUACAGUAGAAGAUAGGAUACUAGCACUGCAGGAAGAGAAGAGAAAAAUGGUUGCAUCAGCUUUUGGUGAAGAUCAAAGUGGAGGUUCUGCUUCUCGCCUGACAGUAGAAGAUCUCAGAUAUCUCUUUAUGGUUUGAAUUGUCAACCGGCAUUUUGGCUUCAUCUUCCAAAGUUUUAUUAGCUUACACUUGUGGAAAAAUUUUGUAGGGAUCAGAAUAACUUCUGAUUCUCAUAAUUUAAGGGCGAGAGACGCUGGUUGCAUUUAUUUGGCACACCAGACUGGCCCCACAGGAUGGACUGGGUCAGCAUAUACUAGUGGUAACAUAAAUGAGUUUUUGUGGCCCUAGCAGCCUCAUUUUCUUUUUCCGUCCCCCAUCUUCCCUUUUUUUUUCUCUCUUUCUUUUUCUUUCUUCUUCGGCGUUUCAGUCGAGCGCUGAAGUAUCUCUAGAUAGGGCUGCUUGUAAAUAUCCAAGUUGAUUUCUAUUGUAUACAAAAUGUUCAGUUUUAGUUGCCUUUUUCUCUCUUUUGUCAUUACGUCUAAAUUCUGUAAUGACCUUCUCACGAAAGCCCAGGUCCAUAUUGCAAGACACAUGCUUAUAAAAUAUUACAGGUUUCAUUGGGUUUCUUAGAGAAUAUGCAACUCAACUAUUGAAUUCUGAAGAUUGAAGAAGAGAGGAUGGAACAAAGAUGGCAUACGUUAAGGUACAUUUUACCACUGAUCAAUCGUGUUCUUCUAUUAAGAUGUCAUCAAUUCACCAUAACUGUAGUACAGUGAACCCAAGGAAAAGGGCUAUGCUCGUGUUUAGGUCAGUUAUUUCAUACUUCUGACCUUAUCUAGUUGCUCUGUUACUGAUGAAUAAUUGAUGUUGUUGAGACUCAUCUGACAUUGGGAACAUGAGGCAGAUUUGAACUCAGGAUUUGUACUUGGUAUAUUACUAUCACAUACAUAUGUAAAUAUCUUAGCUGUUUGGAACUUAUUGCUGACUUAUUCAUUGUAAUUUCCCAAUAUAUUGGUUCAGGGGCU